UAAAUCUAACCUAUACUAAAAGGAAGAUAUACUCAUCAGCCAAGCCAUCCACGUAGUCAAAAAUAUUCAGCCUAUCAGACAUUACGUUUUUGCCACGUCACAAGGCGUCCAGUUACAAUUGGGCUUAACCUAAUCGAAGUGGCCCACUCCCAGUCAAACCCAGCUCCUGGUCCAUCUUCGGUGAAAAGGAUCGCCGACACUUCAUCUUCAAUUUCAUCGUAUACGAUUCAUGUCUCUUGAUUCUCUUCUACAACACCUUUGUCUGCGACGUAAGAUUUCAGAGUGAUUAGUCGGAGUCAUGUAAAACCAGGACAACGGUUCAGAGGUUACGGCCAUCCAACAACAAAACUGUGAGACUCCAAAGGAACCACAAUCUCAAAAAGAGGAGUUUCCUCCGGCACCCUCUGAUCACCAGAGCAUCUUGGUUUCUCUAUCGUCCAGAUCAGUGUGGAAAGGAACGGUGUGUGAGAGGUCUCAUCUCUUCCGGAUAAAAUACUAUGGUAGUUUCAAUAAAUCCUUGGGACUGUUCUUGAGAGAUCAUUUGUUCGAUCAGGUAAGUUUUACAGUUUGACUUCUCUAUUUCAGCUUACAUAAUAAUAUGGUAACCCAAAUAUAUGCUCGAAUCGCAGGGAUACAGGUGUCGUUCAUGUGAGAUGCCAUCAGAAGCUCACGUUCACUGUUACACUCAUCGACAAGGCAGCCUUACGAUAUCUGUCAAGAAGCUUCAAGAUUAUCUCUUACCUGGUGAAAAGGAGGGGAAAAUUUGGAUGUGGCAUAGAUGCCUGAGAUGCCCUCGACCUGACAGUUUUCCUCCUGCGACUCUACGAGUGGUGAUGUCUGAUGCUGCAUGGGGAUUAUCUUUUGGGAAGUUUCUGGAGCUCAGUUUCUCAAAUCACGCAGCUGCCAGUAGAGUAGCAUGUUGUGGCCAUUCUCUCCAUAGAGACUGUCUUCGCUUCUACGGAUUUGGGAACAUGGUUGCUUGCUUCCGUUACGCUACUAUAGAUGUGAAUUCUGUCUACCUUCCACCAUCAGUUCUUAGUUUCAACUAUGAUAAUCAGGACUGGAUACAGAGAGAGACAGAUGAGGUGGUAGAGAGAGCGGAGCUUCUGUUUUCUGAAUUAUUAAAUGCUAUUAGUCAAAUUGCAGCAAAAGGUUUUAUGCGUCGAAACUGCUGCAGAGAGAGAAAGCAGAGUUUGAGGUAAUAAUUUAUGUAUUAAAGAUCAAAUUGAUUCUCUUAAAACCAAUAUACUACAAUUAUUAUUUUAAGACCAGUGGUUUUGUUUUGUAACGUUCUGACAUUUCUUUCAGGAUAA